AUGAAGUCUCCAAAUGACCACCGGGAUUACACACCCUCCACAUCCAAACUCGCCACUAAGGAAUGUCUGUCUACAGCACACGUGGAGGUACUGACACAGAAGCAACCUGCCUCGGAAAUACUCCCCAGAGAUGCUGGUGAUACUGAGCAGUGCUUGGGGAGAGGGCACUCUUCCAUAUCUGUGAGCCAGAGUGAGCAGAGUCUGGAAUUUGAGCCCCAGUGCAGUUCUGUAGAGCAACCUGCCUCGGAAAUACUCCCCAAAGAUGCUGGUGAUGCUGAGCAGUGCUUGGAGAGAGGGCACUCUUCCAUAUCUGUGAGCCAGAGUGAGCAGAGUCUGGAAUUUGAGCCCCAGUGCAGUUCUGUAGAGCAACCUGCCUCGGAAAUACUCCCCAGAGAUGCUGGUGAUACUGAGCAGUGCUUGGAGAGAGGGCACUCUUCCAUAUCUGUGAGCCAGAGUGAGCAGAGUCUGGAAUUUGAGCCCCAGUGCAGUUCUGUAGAGCAACCUGCCUCGGAAAUACUCCCCAAAGAUGCUGGUGAUGUUGAGCAGUGUCCUAAACACCGUUUGGUGUGUGGCGAUAUGUCUGCUUUUGACAAAUGCAUUCACUGCCUGGGACCUUUCGCCUCUUUGAGAUGGAUGGGGUUCAAAUGCAAAGAUUGUCCAGGACUCUGGCAUCUAACCUGCUACAGACGGAUGAUGGGUCAAGACUCAUCAGACCUCAUUGAUUCUAUGAGCUCUGGAAGCGAGCCAGACAACAAGGAUUCUGAGGAACGGACCGGGAGAACAAGAGUGCUGGCUUUGGCUACAGCCCAGGAGGCCGUUUUCAGCCAACACUUUUCAAGUGGAAUGUGGAAGAUUCUGAGCUCCAUAAAGGUGGAUGAAAUUGGCCUGACUUUGAGAAAUGACCUCUCCAUUGUGCACUUUGCCCAGUCACUUUACAACAGACAUGGACAAGACCCCACAAAACAUGAGUACAUGCGACAGAAGCUCCGUGAAGUGGGAAGGCUGCUAGUCUGUCUGCGCCACGACUUCUCAAUACACAGCCUGGAGGAAGCUAUCAAGCCAUGUAACUUUCAGAAUGUUGUUCAGGCAGUUCAGAAAGUUGCUGGCUUUGAUGAAGAAAAGCUGUCCUAUCGUACACCAAGCCUGGCUCUGAAGCUGGGGCACACACUAAACAAGAUCUGCAACAUCAUUCAGUGUCGAGCUCUGAUGGCAGAGGAUGACAGGCUGGUUAAGUCAGCUGAAACAUUCAGUAAACUGUACACCUCCAAGUGGUGUGAGCUGGUGUCCCAUAGUGCUCUUAAUACGCUGAGUACGCUGAAGUAUAAUAAACCAUCAACACUGCCCUUCACAGAGGACGUUCGGACACUACACCAGUACCUGCAGAAGUCUGCAGACGCUGCUGUUGGCAGCUUGACGGAGGAAGCUACAUCCAAGACCUAUGCUGAGCUUAGUAAAGUUAUUUUAGCUCAAAUCAUUCUAUUCAAUCGUAGACGUGCUGGGGAAGUGUCAAAAAUGCUUCUCAAAAGUUUUGAGGAACGGGACAGAACAAGGCUUCACCAAGAUGUUGCCAUGGCCCUGUCCAAGCUGGAGCAGCAGCUGUGCAGCUACUUCACUAGAGUGGAAAUUGUUGGGAAGAGGGGGAGGAAGGUGGUUGUUCUUCUUACACCGUGUAUGGUGGAUGCCCUGUCACUACUGACAAGUAAAAGAAAGGAAUGCGGCGUCCAUGUCAACAAUAUUUUCUUGUUUGGAAGACCUCAAGCGCUGAGCCACUACAGAGGACAGGACUGCCUGCGGGUUUAUGCAAGCCAGUGUGGAGCAAAGCACCCAGAGCUCCUCAGGUCCACCCAGCUGAGGAAGCACGUUGCAACACUCUCUCAGAUCCUGAAUCUGAAAAACAAUGAACUUGACCAGGUUGCAGAUUUCCUUGGACACGACAUCCGUGUCCAUCGGGACUUCUAUAGGUUGCCAGUCCCAACCAUGCAGUUGGCAAAGAUUUCCAAAUUGCUAUUAUCCAUGGAAAAAGGAAAUCUUUCUGGCCUGCAAGGGAAGUCCCUGGAUGAAAUUCAGAUUGAAGAUGAGAUAUCAUUCAGUGACACUGAAGCUAAGGACAGUGGCAGUGACUCUGAGGACAGUAGCACAGAGGCUAAGGAACCACAACUUGAGGACAUGGAAAGUCUGGGUCAAUCCUCAGGCUGUCCCAUCGUGGAGCUGUCGCAGAACUCUGAGGACAGUAAGUAA